AUGGUCAAGUCAUAUCUCAAAUUCGAGCACAGCAAGACCUUUGGCCAGAUCUGUACUGCCUCCGCGAACGUCGUCUGGGACCCAACCUCCGAGCAUGAGGACACUGCGAGUCGAGGUGGCGCAGGUCGUGCCUAUGUCGGCGCCAAUGAGGAAGUCUUGGUAUGGGAUCUGAAGAAGUCGGAAAAUAUUGGGGUAUGGAACGUCGAGGACAAUAAUGCCAUUGUGACCGUCAUCUGCCGAAGUGAGGUGGACCCUGAUGUGUUUGCCGUGGGCUACGACGAUGGCAAGAUUCGGAUAUGGGACUCAAGAACAGCAACAGUGAUAAUCACCUUCAAUGGCCACAGGAGGGCGAUUACCCAACUGGCAUUUGAUCAUUCCGGAGUCCGUCUAGCCAGCGGAUCAAAGGACACUGAUAUUAUCCUCUGGGACUUGGUCGCCGAGGUGGGAUUAUAUCGUCUGCGCGGUCAUAAGGACCAAAUCACUUCGCUGAACUUCCUCACCGUUGGCGACACUCCAGAUGGGCUCGAUGGUGACUCUGUGUCUCAUGAUUCCCUGCUAUCUACCAGCAAGGAUGCCCUGAUUAAGGUGUGGGAUUUGGCUACCCAGCACUGUAUCGAGACGCAUGUGACACAAACGAAUGGGGAAUGCUGGGCCCUGGGACUUACCAGGGAUGGCAGCGGCUGUAUUACCGCCGGAAACGACGGGGAGUUGAAAGUGUGGUCAAUCAAUCAAGUCGUCUUGAAGCAAAAAAACGGCAUUGACAUGCUGGAAGGAAACAAUAUCCUGCGACAGCAAGGAACACUGUACCGGCACAGCCGCGAUCGGCCCUUGGGCAUCACAUUCCACCCAAAACGCGACUUGAUUGCCGUGCACGGCUCCGACAAAGCCAUCGAGAUACUACGGAUUCGUUCAGAAACUGAAGUAAGAAAAUCUCUCGCCCGAAAGCGGAAACGGAGGAAGAACAAGGAGGGUGCGGCGGACGCGGACUCGGGAGUCGACGUCGCUGAUGACGUCGAAGACUCGACAGAUAUUUCCAGCGCCACAGCUGCCGACAUAUUCGUGCCCUACGUUCUUGUGCGUACGGGAGGCAAGGUCAGAUCAAUGGACUGGGCUGGCGGAAAAUCUGGCAAGUCAAUCCGGCUUCUGGUGGCCACUUCAAACAAUCAACUUGAGCUUUUCGAUGUGGCCGCAUCAGACAAAAAGAAAUCACCCGAAACUCCAGAGUACAACCGUGCACUCACAGUGGAUAUGCCGGGCCACCGUACAGAUAUUCGCUGUGUCGCCCUCAGCUCAGAUGACAGAAUGCUUGCCACGGCAUCCCAGGGCAGCCUGAAGAUUUGGAACACACGAACACAGACUUGUUUGCGAACCCUAGAUUGCGGCCAUGCUCUUUGCGUGGCAUUCCUGCCAGGUGACAAGAUCGUCGUCGUGGGGACACGAGAGGGUACGCUCGAAGUAUUUGAUAUCGCUGCGUCUACGUUGCUGGAUACCAUCACCGCGCACGAGCGAGACAUUUGGUCGCUUCAAGUCAGCCCGGACGGCAAAUCUCUACUCACAGGAUCUGCCGACAAAUGUGCCAAAUUCUGGCAGUUUAAAGUCAUCCAAGAAGAAGUGUUGGGUACGACACGGAAAAAUGCUAAACUCACCCUCGUCCAUACCAGGACGCUCAAAGUCAGCGACGACAUUCUCAGCAUCUGUUUCUCCCCUGACGAGAAACUCCUCGCCGUCAGUACCCUCGACAAUACUGUCAAGGUUUUCUUCACCGACACGCUCAAACUCUUCCUCACGCUCUACGGUCACAAACUGCCUGUGCUAGCGAUGGACAUCAGCUACGAUAGCAAACUGAUCGUCACCUCAAGUGCGGACAAGAACGUUCGCAUCUGGGGCCUCGACUUUGGCGACUGUCACAAGGCUUUUUUUGCCCACCAGGACAGCAUCCUCGCCGUGAAAUUCGUCCCGAAUAACGACGAAGGCAAUGGCCAUCACUUCUUCUCCGCUGGCAAGGACAAGAUAAUCAAAUACUAUGAUGCGGAUAAGUUUGAGCAGAUCCAAAAGCUGGAGGGUCACCACGGGGAGAUUUGGGCCAUGGCAGUUGCACAUUCUGGGGAGUUUGUUGUGACGGCGAGUCACGAUAAAAGUAUCCGUAUAUGGCAACAGACCGAUGAGCAGAUUUUCCUGGAGGAAGAAAGAGAGAAGGAACUCGAGGAUCUCUAUGAGAACACGCUUUUGACAUCACUAGAAAAUGACUCAAAUGAGGUUGAGGGUGAGACGAACGCCGAUGGUGUCGAAGCAGGCCCCGCCGGUAGGCAGACCGCCCAGACGUUGAUGGCCGGAGAGAAGAUAGCGGAGGCACUGGAGGUCGGCAUGGAAGAUCUUGAAACAAUGCGAGUAUACGACGAAACGAAAAGAACGAAUCCCAAAGCUGCACCACCGCAGCGGAAUCCGAUCUUCGUUGCCAACAACAAUAUGUCCGCAUCAACCUACGUCCUCAGCACCUUCCAAAAGAUUCCCUCAGCAUCUCUCCAGGAUGCCCUUCUCGUCCUCUCGUUUUCUCAGAUUCCCGCACUCUUUACAUUCCUCGCCCUUUGGGCUGAAGAAGGCCGGGCUAUUCCCCUGACAUGUCGGAUACUACUGUUCAUGCUGAAGACGCACCAGAAACAGAUUGUGAGUUCAAGAGCAAUGAAGGGGAUGUUGGAGGAGGUCAGGGCCCAACUGAGGUGGACGCUCAUGAGACAGAAAGGGGAGCUGGGGUUUAAUCUUGCGGGACUGAGAGUGCUGGGCCGCAGAGUGAGAGAAGUCGCAGGGGAAUCGGAAUACGUCGAUGAAGCGACAUGGCAGGAGGCCGACGGCGCAGCUGCUGGCAUGACCAGAGGAAAGAAGAGAGAGUUUGUGAAUAUUGCAUAG